CUCUAAGAAGUGCAAUUUGGUCAAUAUGCAUCAACUAUAUAUGAACCCUUUCACUACACUAAUUUUUUAAAGUAAUCAUCUCCCCUCCCCACACCACACCACACCACACCAAUACCUUAUUAUUCCAAGCACCUAAAGCAACUACACACAGAAAAGCAUAAAGCAAAACCCUAUUAAAUAUCCCCUCCACAACCAAACAAAUCAAAAACACUAAAGCAAACAAACACUCAUCAAAUCAAGAAAAAAACACACACUACACACACUAGAGCCCACAUAAGAAACUAUCGUCCUUCUUCCUCCUCCUCCUCAUCGUCAUCAUGUACAGAUUCAGCAACACGGUUAUAGGGUUUCUCAACCUCUUCACCCUCCUAGCCUCGAUCCCGAUAAUCGGGGCGGGGCUGUGGAUGGCCAGGAGCAGCACGACGUGCGAGAGCUUCCUCCAGACUCCACUACUCGUCGUGGGCUUCGUCAUCCUGAUAAUAUCGCUGGCGGGCUUCAUCGGCGCCUGUUUCCACGUUGCAUGGGCGCUGUGGGUGUACUUGGUGAUCAUGCUCUUCCUCAUCGGCGCACUGAUGGCUCUGACGAUUUUCGGGUUCAUCGUUACGGGGCCUGGAGGGGGGGUGGUUGUGCCUGGGAGGAUGUACAGGGAGUAUCAUUUGGACAACUAUUCUCCAUGGUUGAGGAAGAGGAUUGAGGAUCCUCAUUAUUGGCUGACUGUAAGAAGUUGUAUUCUGGGGUCCAAGGCUUGUUCUAAGGUUGUUCUUUGGACGCCGUUUGAUUAUUUGACUAAGGACAUGACUCCUAUUCAGUCUGGAUGCUGCAAGCCCCCAACAUCAUGCAACUACGCGGCGGCGACGCUGGCGCAGGAGGCCGACUGCUACCGAUGGAACAACGCGCCGGCGGUAUUGUGCUACGAUUGCGACUCUUGCAAGGCGGGGGUGCUGGAGGACGUGCGGCGGGACUGGCACAAGCUGUCGGUGCUGAACAUCGUGAUGGUGAUCGUCCUCAUCGGCAUUUACUCGAUCGGUUGCUGCGCGUUCCAGAACGCCAAGCGUGCCGAGACCGACUACCCCUACGGCCAUAACCGCAUGUACAAAGUCCGGCCCAGAUGGGAUUUUCACUGGUGGAGAUGGUUGGAUGACAGAAGGCAUCAGCUUUACUAAGCCAAAGAUGACCCCUCUUUACUUCUUUUAAGAUUUGAAUUUGGGUCAUUACCACUUAUGUUGUAACCCAUAUGCAUCUUUUCAUACUUAUAUACAUAUGCUUUUUUUGUACAAAAUUCAGAUUUUACUUUAUUUUCAGUGUCAUAGUUGCAGCUUUAC